GCCCAGACCACAGAAUCGCCCCAAGGGGCUUUCCCGAACCCUGGCACCAUGAGCUAUGCGGACGAGUUGACUCCGGAAGCUCUGAGCGUGCCCAGAGGCUUUGAUGACCUGAUAACCUCCACCACCUCCCAGGUGCUGCAGGCCAUGUCCAAUGCCGAGUCUGCGGUCGGCCGCGCCUGCAGCAAAGGUGUGCUCUCCAUGAUACCAGACCACAUGCCAAACAUGGGUGACCUGGCGGACACUUCGAGUCCCCUAGGUUCGGAAGUGGUGUCCCAAGACGAGGGGGUGCAGUUUUGGCUAGUGAUAGGUUACACCAUAGUGGUCUUUGCUGCCAUCCUAGGCAACUGGGUCUUAAACCAUGUAAUUAUGAAGUACAAGAGGGUGCACACCGCAACUGGCCUCUUCGUCGUCAACAUUUCCGUCACCAACAUGAUGCUGGCUCUUCUCAGCUCUCCCUUCACUAUGGUUCGCUAUCUGUGUAAUUCCUUGGUGUUUGGGAAGAUGACAUGCCACUUCAGUCGCUUUGCCCAGUACUCUUGUGCCUAUGUAACUGUGAUGACCAUGGCUGCUAUUUCCCUGGAUCGACAUCGGGUCAUGCUAUAUCCCCUGAAGUCCCGGAUUACUCCCAUGCAAGGCAAUGUUUGCAUCAUCAUCAUCUGGAUUGUGAGCACCUGUGCUGCUCUGCCACAUGCCAUUUACCAGAAGCUUUACCAAGUGGAGAUUGGAAACAUAACUGAGGAAACUGCCUGCCUCCCCAGUUUCCCAUAUACUUCAGAAUCCACGUGGAAAUACCUUGACCUGAGUACCUUUUUGCUCUUCUUCAUCUUGCCAUUGAUGGUGCUAGUGGUUGUUUAUGGUCAUGUGGCCAAGAAGCUGUGGAUCCAUAAUGCUAUUGAUGACAUCAACAUCCACACUUAUAUCUGCCAGCGAGGGAAGAAGAAGCAGACCUUGAAGAUGCUGAUGACAGUGGUGCUUGUUUACACAAUCAGCUGGCUCCCCCUCAACCUCUACCUGAUGCUGCUCUCUAGCGAAUCCAUCUCAAGCCAUAAUGGUCUCUACUUUUUCCUCCACUGGCUGGCAAUCAGCAGCUCCUGCUACAACCCUUACAUCUAUUGCUGGCUCAGUGAUAGCUUCCGAAUUGAAGUUCAGAAGGUUAUCAUGGAAAUCCAGAAAAUGCUGAUAGAUGGGAUCAGCCGCCUGAGAGGGGAGCACUGCCUGCUGAGUUCUGUAUCACCCACACAACGCCCUGCCUGGGUGGAUCCCAAUCCUGGAGUGCCCAAAUUCCCACGAUUCAAAGAUUUUGAUGAGCUACCCAGUUCUCCUCCCUCCUCAGCGGUGGAAAUUUCCUUUCUCUAUCCAUCAGUGUCUAGAGUUUAA